UUCCAUCGUUUGCAACUCAAGCGAACCUUCAUUCCAUAGAGAGUGACAAUUAACGCAGCAACUCAUUCGCCGCAUAUGUGAUCAUUCAUUCAAUUUCCAAUUUACAAACUAAAACAAUUCAAUUUGUAAUUUCUUUAACAAGUAAAACGAUUCCAUUGGUAAAAUAAGUAAAUAUUUAAGAAAAAAUUGGUUAUUUAAAAACUUUGAAACAGAAAAAAGAAUCAAUUUUCAAUUUGUCAUCAUUCAAUUGGCUCUCUUCAAGCUACACAUAAGAGCUCAAUGAGAAAAAAGUGAAGUCGUCAAAUUUUCCAGUGUCAUUCGAAUCGCACAAGUGUGUUUUUGUAUAAAAAGUGAUAUAAUACGCAUAAAUUAUUGCGCAAUCUGGUAAUCCAUCAAAAUGUCAUCAAUUUCGAAUAAUUGUUCAAAACGAAUCGAAUUGCUGUAUCUAAACGAGGAGGAUGCCGAUGUAUGGUUCGUGUUUGACGAUGCCCGAGUGCCAGCCCAUAAGCUGAUAUUGACUACGACGAGUCCAUGGAUGAAAACAAUGUUUUUCGGUUCAUUGCCCGAGGGAAACGAAGUGGAUAUGACGCGUGCAAAGGUCACAUCCACCGCAUUCAAAGAAUUUUUACAGUUUUUCUACACCGACAAAGUGAAGUUAACGAUGGCAAAUAUUGAAAGUGUUAUUGAUUUGGCAAAGCAAUCGCUAUCAGAUCACAUUUUCAUUGAAUGUGAAGAAUUCCUUGUAAAAUCCAUAACAACCGAUACAAUGUGUUUUGGAUAUCAGUUGGCAUUGCGUUAUGGUGCGUCCAAACUGAAGAAAAUCUGUGAAGAUGAAAUUUGUGUGAAUGCCGAAGAGGUGUUGCGAUCGUCGAGCUUUAUGGAUUUCCCAUAUGAAUUUUUGCAACAGAUUUUACAGUGCGAUGCCUUGGCUUGUGAAGAGAAAGACGUGUUCAAUGCCUGUAUUGCAUGGGCAAAAGCGGCUUGUAAACGGAAUGACGAAGAUCCGUCAAAAGCAACCAAUUUACGAGCACAACUCAAAGACACUGUUCAUCAAAUUCGCUUUGUUUCCAUGACCAAUGAAGAAGUCGCCGCUUGCAUCGGUUCGUGUCCAGGUUUUUUCACCGCAGAUGAAUUGGAAGAAAUUAUUCGCAUGACAGCAUCAAAGUCAGUGAAGAAAUGCAACGAAGUGAACAAGUUCAACUGGACACCACGAUAUUUUAACCUUCAAUGGGACAACGGACAUCGUUUGGAGUGUCGACGAUUCAUGUUUCGAGACAGUGACCCGAACAGAUAUAAGGUCCAGGAAGUGGAAAUAACUUCAUUUACUUGCAAUCGACGUGUUCUUUUGCGUAGUUUCAACUGUGAAUGCACACAAGUUGCGAUGAAAGCCGCAAAUGUUGAGAUCAUUGAGAAGAGAUGCAAUGGCGAUGAUCCGGUUGAACGAUACAACGAAGAAACAAUGCUGGAUUUUAAAGAAUGGAUUAUAGGAUUGCAAGCCAAUCCAACGUUUUUUGAAGCCGAAUUUAUACUAAACAAAGCGAUUCUACUUCGGCCAAAGUACAUUUAUGUUAUUAAAAUCACAUUCCAACCGGAACUAGAAGAGGCCGAAGCAUAUCCACAAUUGUACAAUGACGGUGUUUAUAAAUCCAGUGUUGUAAUUGAUUUUGAUAUUUUGAUCAAGUUCAGUCAGACGAGAGGAAUCAUCUCGUCGCUCAGUCUCAGCCGAUUUGACAGGAAAAAUCUCAUUCAGAAACUCAUUCGCAAGCCAUUGCUGUGGUUCUAAAUUGCAUCGUUUAUCAGCAGCAUAGAUGAAAAUAGCACACAGUCUACUACACUCGUUCAGCGCUGCUCGGACUAUCGCAUUUUAUUCUCAUAUAUCAUAUAGCUCAUGCACUCUUUUAUUCACUAUAUUCCAAGUCAUUGAUUUUUUUUAGAACAAAUAAUAUCAAUCAAAAUUACGGGACAUUUUCUAUUCUGAUGAAGAACAUUCCUGGAUCAAAUUCAAAUAAGAAAACUGUUAAAAAUCUAAGAAAAAAAUCUCCUUUUCAAAACAUCCCUUGCCAAAUAAAAAGCGGAUUUAUGCCAAAAGCUGAAUACCAAAUAUCGAUUAUCUUUAAGAACAGUUUUGAGCUCGAUUGUUUUUUUCUGAAUAAAGUAAAUGAAUAAAUUUUUCAUCAGAAAUCA